UAGGCGGCGGCGGGCGCGGUGCCCCCUUCUCCCCCCCCUCCCGGCUGGGCCGCGGUCGGUGCCUGGCAGCAGAGGCUCGGCGCCGCCAUCGCCAUGGGCACCCGGGACGACGAGUACGACUACCUGUUCAAAGUUGUUUUGAUUGGAGACUCUGGAGUUGGGAAGAGUAAUCUCCUGUCCCGUUUCACACGCAAUGAGUUCAACCUGGAGAGUAAGAGCACCAUUGGGGUGGAAUUUGCCACCAGGAGCAUCCAGGUGGAUGGGAAGACGAUAAAAGCCCAGAUCUGGGAUACUGCAGGACAGGAACGAUACCGUGCCAUUACCUCAGCAUAUUACCGUGGUGCUGUUGGGGCUCUUCUUGUCUAUGACAUUGCCAAACAUCUCACCUAUGAGAAUGUGGAGCGCUGGCUAAAGGAGCUUAGAGAUCAUGCAGACAACAACAUUGUCAUCAUGCUGGUGGGGAACAAGAGUGACCUCCGCCACCUGAGAGCUGUGCCCACUGAUGAGGCCCGGGCUUUUGCAGAAAAAAAUAACUUAUCUUUUAUUGAAACUUCUGCUCUGGAUUCAACAAAUGUAGAAGAAGCCUUCAAGAACAUCCUUACAGAGAUCUACCGCAUUGUUUCGCAGAAGCAGAUUGCGGACCGCUCUGCGCACGAUGAGUCUCCUGGCAACAACGUUGUGGACAUCAGUGUCCCACCAACCACCGACGGACAGAAAUCCAACAAACUCCAGUGCUGUCAGAACCUGUGACCUCCUGUAGAUGACUCCUGUGCCCUCCAAAUUCGUCUGUGCUUCAUUUAGAAACUUGUGUGCACUUCUUAUCUCCUGUGAUUCAGUGACUCCCUCUUCCCUCCUUUAUCCCAUUCCCAAGUCCCAUCCCCCUCCCUUUCAUCUUAGAGCUUUAAUCGUAGGGCUAACAUCCUCCUGCCUCUGAACUCCCCUUCCAUGUGGUGACUUUUGGGCUUGAAAUGUAGGCACUGAUGUGAUAGACAUGUUUGUGUUGGAACAUCUGCUGCUGGAUAUUAUCCCAUGAAACACUCUCCUCAAAGGUUUUUGAGGUUUUUUGGGGAGAGAAACCAUGGGGACUUGACUAUAACAGUUGAAGAAAUAACUACAUGUAGGUGACAAGGUUUUUCUCUCCCAGUCUUGUGUUUCUGUAAACAUGGGGGAGAAAUUAAAAGAAAAUAGCUGUCCUACCUACCAAAUACUCUGUUUCUGUCCUGAUCAAGUCUCACAGUGAGGUUUUUUAGUGGCUGCACACACAUAAGAACUCUGAAAAUAACAUUACUUUAUAUGUAAUUGCCCUAAUACAGUUUGUCUGGCUGUGGAGCUUACAGUUUCCUGCUUGGGGAAUCUUCCUCUCUUCUUGUUUUAUUUGGGAACAAUGAAGUAUGUCUGCAUUGCUUUCUCUGCCACCCUGAAUGCCUGUGCUGUGUGUGCAGGCUCUCAUGUGGCUUAAUAUUUAUUCAUGGCUUCUGUUAAGCAGUUCACAUUAUUGUACAGUAAGUGCCAGCAUCUUGAUUUCAGAAACCUUUUGCAACCUGUACAAGUAGCUUAUUUUGUACUGUAGGUCAGUGUUGGAAAGCAGGAGCUUCUGUAGUUCCAGGGUUGGUUUAUGUUUCUUUUGCAUGCUGCUUUUUCUCUAGAUCUCUCCUACCCUGUUUUGAGUGAGUGAAGCAAUAUGUUCAUGUCACCUAUAGACCUGCACUUGUAAGGGGUUUGGUUGUUGUAGAGGAACACGAUAAUACAUUUUGUAAACCUUCUGCAGAACCAUCUUGAACUUUCUCUUCAUGACCUUUCACUAUUGACUUUGCGCAUAAUCUUCUUGACCUCUACUAAAAUAUGUAAUACUAAGACUUCACAUAAUAACUACUAAGCUGUUGUUUUCCUCUCACUCAGUUUUUACUGACUGUAACUCUCAAAUGAUUGUACUUCACCUGAUGGAAGGGAUUUGUCAUCAGCAGGGCUAACUACUACAAUACUUUGUUUUGCUGAAUGGGAAGAAUGUUACCACAACUUGGUGUAGUCAGUCUCUUGCUAGUUUGUGAACAUCUGUGACGGCUUUUCAUCCUUCACUAGCUCUUACACACUUGGCAUCCCCUCUGGUACAUGCUGAAUGUUAUGAUGAGGCAAAUAUUGGGUGAAACUAUCUAAAGGAAGAGUCGGAGACCAUCUGCUGCUCUCUGAUGCAAUUUGCAGUGAAUUUUUGCUUUGUAUUUUGAGACUGUACCUCACUUGAUGCCUAUUAGUGAGUUACUUUUUCUUUUCUGAUACAAAGCAAAUAGGAAAGUGAAUUGUUCUUCAAGGGGAAAUCUGACAUUCCAGUCUCAACUGUUCUGUCUGGUUGUGUAAUAAAAUUAAGGGCGGUUAACUCUGAUGGUUUUUCUUUUCUAAGACUUCCAGACCAAUGCCUUUAAUUUUGUACUGUCUGCAUCCAGAGGGCUGUAGCUCAUAGCAAAGGGUGCACAUGGUGCCUAAGCACUUCCACUUUUCACCUUUGUUUAUAGAGGAUACAUUCAAGGUGAAGGGGUUCCCGCUUGCAGCCUCUUCCCAUUGAAUGAAGAUAAAAAUUCCUCUUUAGGCUCUGUCCUAAAGGGGUCCCAGUUCAGGAUGCACCUUUUAACACUUUAAUAGACUCUUUGCUAAGAGAAGAUACAGCCAGUGGGAACUGGGGCAUCUUCUUUUCAGUGGUCCUAGACCAAAAUGAAAUGUGCAGGGCUGAUAGAUAAGCACCCCAUCAGAGCGGAAAAUUCAGAGAUACUGAAAAUACUUCAUUCAAGAGCAGGUGGACACUAAUGGAGCUGAGCUCCUUCAUUUUUGAACAAAACUAUUAAAUGAGUUGAAAUAGUGUGAGGAAAAAUGCUGUUAAAGACAACUUAGUUGAGGGUGUGUAUGAAUGGGUUUACUCUGCAAAUCGUGUUCUUAACAUGAAGCUUCUAAACCUGGUGUGCUAUAAGAAGCUGAGAAGCUGUUUAGUCACUUCCUUUUCUCAUAAGGAUUUUCUUUAGUCUUUGGCUUUGUGGGAGACUCUAAAUGCCUCAGAGUCCAAGCAAAACGUCCAUGUCUAGGGCUUAAGUGCCAUUAAAUUAUACAGCUAUUGAAGAGCCCUUGUACAACUUUAUUGUGCAUUGAUCAAACCCCCCUCAGAGCAGGUGGAUUUUGGGCCUGUGCUGUUAAUGCCAGGGGGGCUGGGUGGUUUUGAGCUCUGCUGUGUGUUGUGGAAAGCCUUUUGCUGCAGGGCUCUUUGGUGUACCCAAGGUGUACCAACUGCUAACUCCCCUGUUACUUAUGGAAAGGCCAAAAUUCACCCAUAGAGGUGGUUUGAUGGUGAGCACACAAACAGGCAACUGGUAAAAUUAAGUUCAUUGGGUAGACUAGCCUCAAUCUAUGUGCUUAUCUUCCUCUUGAGUCAGAUGUUUAAAGACUAAAGUGAGUUAAAGUCUCUGCCAAAAGUUUGUAGCCUGUACAGGCCAAGAAAGCUUGGUUCAUAGGAAGGUUUGGAGCUCUACACUUGCAUCAAAGUAAAAAUCCAGUUGAUAAGUAAUUGUUUGCUACUUUUUGUGUGUGCUCUGGAGAUCAUCAAGGCACUAUGAUCCCUUCUCAACAUCUCUAGCAGGUUAGAAGCACUGCUGCAUCCUAAACAUCCCCCUCGUUUGGGUUUCUUUACGGGCUGUUGUGUUAGAUCACCUCCAAUGACCCCACAGUAUGUGGAAAGGCUGGUAACAGGGUAUUUGUGUGUGAACAGGAUGCAGCAGGGUGGGAAGGAUGUACAGAAGGUAUUUUUGUUCCCUUACACUUUGAUUCCUGCAUGCUGUACUGUUGCAGAAGUUAUGGAUGUAAUAUGUCUUGGGGACUGGCAGUGGAUAAGUCUUACCUGUGCUUGGUGAUUGUUUCCUUCCCAAGCAUAAAGGAAGACCUUGGUUAGAGGUUCUAGACUCUGCAGCAGAAAGAAGAUCCUUAUGGAGUGACCCAGUCACUUAGGGAGGCCUUUUUCCUUCAGAAAACAAAUAGAACAAAACCCAGUAUUAAAGGUAGGGCCUGAAAUUGAAGUAAGAAGAGAAAAAUCAGUCAAUUACAGGUGAAGACUGACUGUCCUUACAGUAAAACACAGUGAAUCUGGGCUGAAGUUGUAUUCUUUUGACUUGAAGACUCUUGAUAAUGAAUGGUGAUUGAUGGAGUAUCUCCAGGGCUUCACUCUUUCCAUAGAUAAUAAUUAACUUUACACAGGUCAGAUAUCAAACAGUAGUGUUGUCCAUCAGGCUUUGUAGGCUAUAACCAGCCUUUAUGCAACCCGGAAGAGAAGUUCCUUUCCUUUACUUUUCCCCCCGGUUCCUGUGUUAAGUGCAAUUCCACUCUGUAAAUACCGCCUCACUCGGUUUUUGUGCAUGGUUACGCUGUACUGUGGAUAUAAAGAUUGCCAAAUCA